CAAGCCCUGGAUGCCCAUUACUCAUUUGCAUCCAAUGUGGAUGAUCGUAUAAAUGAUGGUGAAAUUAGACGCCAGGAAACACGCGAAAAUGGCAAAGUCUCGGGCAGUUAUGGCUAUAGCGAUGGCUUUGUCCAGCGCACAGUUUACUACGAGGCCGAUGAGAACGGUUAUCGUGUGGUGAAGGAAACCAUGGAGAACAUUGGCGAUGGUCCACAGUUCAAUGAGAACGGCCAAGCCGAUGUGCAGACCUCUGCGGGUGGAAACUAUUCCAUCAAAUUGGACGUGGAUGAUAUGAAGCACUACAAGUCCGUUCAUCUAUAAAUAUGCUGUCGCUUUAUUAUUUCUAACAUUUAGAAAUGAACUGAAUACAACUUAAACUAAAAAAAAAACAAUGUUGUUGAAAUUAA